AUGAAGUUGAGGGAGUUUUGCGCGAGUGCCAUUCCACUGGUUAUGGGGGCCAUUACAGCGGAGAGAAAACAGCAAAGAGGGUACUUCAAGCAGUUAGCUGGAGAAAAACGCAUGAUUCAACUCAAUGAGUUGGAAGAGUUUCGCCUCCGUGCUUAUGAAAAUAACAAGCUCUACAAAGAAAAGGUGAAAAGAUUGCAUGAUCAGCGGCUGAUACAAAAAUCGUUUGUGGUUGGUCAAUUGGUUCUACUAUAUAAUUCUCGGUUGAAGCUAUUUCCAGGGAAACUCAAAUCACGCUGGUCGGGACCAUUUACAGUCAAGACAGUAUUUCCCCACGGUGCAGUAGAAAUCUAUGCCAAAUCACCGGAUGAAUCAUUUAAAGUUAAUGGUCAACGGUUGAAACCUUACUUUGGCGGAAAUGUGAAUCGUGAGGUGCAAACCACGAUUCUUCAAUCAGAAUCGGAUUAG